AAGGAGCAAAGUAUUGAACAUCAUCGCUUUGUCCGUCAGAGGGAGUCGAGUUUCAUAUAUUCAGCGCUUCGUCCCAUAUUCACUGCAGAACUGCUUACCGCGUCGGGCUGGAAAGGGAUCUUGCUUGAAAAACUAUUUUCACUCAUAGUUGCUGUUGAGACCUAUGUUGAUAGCCGCCCGAAUCACGCUCAAACGUCAGUAGGCUCCGCUCAAACGUCAGUACGCUUCAAGAAACCGCAGCCCCACUCGAGUUGAAGAAGUCUAUUCAUGAUUUCUAGGAAGUAGACUGCAGUCCUACUUUGUUUCCUACCUGGAUUAACUCGUAGACGACCAUCAAUUUACCUGGUCAACGUUCUUGUUGUAAGAUUUUGCCUGUCAGAAACUAUGCUGUGGAAACUAGCAGAUAACGUGAAGUACGAGGAUGAUUGUGAGGUGAGUUUUAGCAACACAAACCGCACGGCAUUAAGUUUCAACAAGGUUAGGAAUUAUGGAAGAACAUUAUUUCAUAAAAAAUGUUGUGGCCCUCAUGCGCCCCAUCGCUCUAUCGCAUCUUUAAUGGGUAUACUUUUUGUUUAUGUGUAUUUGUCGCGCGACAAUCGCUUUUAGGCAGACUACUUGAUAAAAGCUUGACGGAAUGACAAUUAUUUUAAUGGGAAAAUUGUUAAAACUAUGAAGCAUAUUUUGAAUAAGACAGAUCAGUGGUCAGUUUAUGCUAUUUUUCAUUGUCGAGUGGAAGUUCAAGUGCAUUAGCACACAUGUUUGGUUUUCUUUCUUUGAAUGGUAGCCUAAAUAUAGUUCAUAAUGUAACAUUAUAAGUUGUCUAUAGGCUAUUUUAGAUGGGCUACUCUUUCCGCAGCAUCUCGACCAUUGUAUUGGCGACUAAUGACGUGUGGUUUGAUUUCAAUAAAUAACAUUUAUUUUGUGUUGCUUGAGUUGGAUUUAGGUGACAGUGUAAAGCGUUUUGAUUUACUUAGGUGGGCCUAUUUUUCUGAGCUGAGUCAGGUUAUUGUAAAUUAUUACAAUUCCAAAAGUAUUGUUGUUAUUGUUAUGAUUAUUAAUAAUAAUAUUAUAGGCCCACAUGGGUAGUAAAAUAGUCCCCUGCUGACUGUAUUUUGAGGGUCUGUGGUGACAGCAAUAUCACAGCAGUCCACAUAGAUUGCAUGCUAUCAGAAAUUAGAAAAUGCUUUUAGUUAUUUUCCUUUUCUGUGUAACUAAAUAUGCAUUAUUACUUUGAAUAGUGAAACAAUGUCUUGCUUUUCAAGGCUGGGCUAAGUAGUCUUCUUCUGAUAAUUGUGUACUGAAAUAACAUUAUAAAAAUAGCUUAAUUCCGGCCACUAAAUAUUAUUCAUGAAUGUGUAAACCAUUUCACCAUAUGCUUUCCUAAUCGAUGGAGAAAAUAAAUAUUGAUGUCAGCGUCAGGCCUAGCUGUCAACACAGUUGUCUUUCCAAUGAAUUCUGUUGAGGACUGUUGAUUCACUACGCAUUUGUCUGAUUGACAAGGGGCACAAUAUAUUAUAAUUUAUCCCAAUAUCAUUAUCAUCCUAAAUGAAGGUCUCUCUUCUGUCUCCAGGAAAGGCACGAUGGGAGUAGCAAUGGGAACCCCCGGUUACCUCACCUCCCUGCGGUGAGCCAGCACAUUUACAGCCCGUCGCCGUCCCUCUCCCACUCCGCCAACUCAGACUUCCAACCCCCGUACUUCCCGCCUCCAUACCAGCCUAUAUCAUACCCCCAGUCCAGUGACCCCUACUCGCACCUCAGCGACCCUUUCAACAUCAACUCCAUACACCAGUCGUCCUCGAACCAGCAGCAGUCAUGGCCGGGGCGACAUGGUCAAGAAGGACUGGGACCUCAUUCGCGAAGCGGACUCGCAAGUCAGAUUCUGGGCCUGGAUGGCGGCUCGUCCGGCUUGAGGAGAGAUGGCUUCCGUCGGCCGGAGCUGCUGCCGCCUCACGCCCAUAGCAUCGAGUCAACCAUCAUUGGUGAUAACAUAGGACUGCACGAAAUGGGCCAUGGCCUGGAUGACGUUCAAGUGAGUGAUUUGAUUGUGAUUUUGUUGUCUGAGUGAAAUUGAAUGAGGCAUGCAAAAGAAAGGCAUGGUUUUAUUGUCAUGAUGGAAUGGAAAUGUCAUAUUUCAUAAUUAACUCCCUUAAUUAUUAUUUUAAGAAUAAGUAUUACAUAUUGCUUUUUCUAACUUAUUUUUCAGCAUGUAGAUGACCACAGUAUUAUAAUGGCAGAUCAGACAGUCAUCAAAAAAGGUGGGUUUAUUUUACUUUCCACAUACGUGCAUGUAGCCUAUUGACAUAUGAGAAAUGCUUUCACAAUUUCAAGACAAUAUUCCCUUACUGGUUUGUGAGUUACACAUGCUUGAUGUAUAAGGGCACAGUGCCAGCCAUUGGUGUGCAACAGGUAACAAGAAUGCAAUAGAGAAACAUUGAGUGCUGUUUACAUUUAGUCCAUCCCUGAGAUUGCUUGUUACCAAGUACCUACCUGGAGAAAUCUACUUCUACAAAUAUUUUGCUAUUAUUUGUACAGUGACAUGUCCUUGCAUUUGAUGAUGGAAAAUAAGAGUGGGAAAGUCUGGUAGUUGUACUUGUUCAUACAUACAUUGAUAAUCCCAGUAGUCAUAAGGUUGACUUAACUAAACCUAGUUUGAUGCUCUAUAUAUUCCUGUGCUGAGCUUAUUUGAAUAGAACAGCAGAAAAAGAACCUUUUCAAAAUGGCAGGCUAUAGCUGACAAGAUGGGGCUGUGAGGACAUUGUGCAACCGUUGAAAUACUGCAUUGAGAGAGGAAGACAGAGGGAGAGGGAACGCUUUGGAAAGUCUUUAGAGGUCUAAGCUGGUGCAUUCGACUCCUUUUGAAUUCCAGUUAAAAGCAGUCCAAUGGGUCGUUGCUCUUCUCGAGACUCGCUGGCUGACUUUCUGAAAAACCAGCUUUAGCUGGGGUGUGGCAUCCUCCUUGCAUGCGAAGGACAAUUCAGUAAUUUGUUGGGACAUGAAAUGUUUUGAAUGAGGAGGAUUCAGUGUUAUCUAUUAGGCCCUACCCUCAACAGUCUUCCAUUCAGUCAUUUUGUGCGUUGAUUUGAAAUUCUGCACCACCUUUGUAACCCAAUUAAUUUAUAGAUUCAUGUAUUGUAGAUAUUGAAUUCAUGGCUAUCAUAUUUGUAGUAAAUGGAUAAUAGAUGUUAUGAGGUUUAUUAAAACAACAUCACUGUAAACAUACAAUUUCAGGAGCUUUGACGGUAGAUAACAUUAUUGUGAUGUGGUGGGUCACUAGAGUUUGUAUGAAUGGUAUGUCCUUAGCAACAUUGGCAGGAACAAUAAAGAAUAGUUUAUGUAUUUUCUGUAAUAAAGCCUACAUAUAUAAUGCUAAACUGCUUGCGCCACAGGAUGAAGUUUGAGAUUGAUGCAGCGAAAAAAAUUAUAGUAAACAUUAUGUAGAAUGAAUAGCCUAACGUGCAUGCACACAUAUUUAUUUAUAUAUUUAGCCAAAAUAAGGAAAUGAGUACAAAAAUCUGCCGGAUUUUUGAUGGCAACUUAGGCAGUUGAAAGCUUGAAUAAAAUAUUGAAUCCAGCUAUAACCAUUUGUGUUAGAGCUACCUAAAUGCUCUUAAUGCUUUGUUUUGCGUAGCCUACAUAUUUUUAUCAAUGGCAGCCAUUUUGGAUUGUAUUAAAUUGGUGGACAUUUUUGAUGAUUAGAUUUGAAUCAAUACGACAAUCCGAUAAAAAACAUACAAUAUUGAGGUAGCAAGUUGUACAGCACAAUAAAGGACAAAUAGUAUUUGUUACAGUGUGCGCUGACUCACUUUAUUGAUCUUCCUCUCAAGGGCAGACUGUGGGUAGCCUACAUUCUUGUAAACUGCGGCAGCAAUGCCUCACUCUUAGCCAUUUACCCUAUAGAUGAGCUCUAAAUCAUAAUUUUGUCCCCCUUUGUGAUUCUUGUCUCAGUACUAGGACUACGAGGUGGCAGAAACCUUGAUCGCUUACAGAGGACUUAUUAUGAGGGGGGCAUUCUUGCGGGUGAGGACGAAGGUAUAUGUAGUGUACUUGUAUGUUUGUCUGGGUGUGACUUGUGUGGUUUGACCCUUGAACUUUUGAUCUAAAAUGGCCACCCAGUUUGCCAGUUUGGGCCCUCUUGCUGUACAACAGAAGUCUUUAGAUUAGGUUCUUAUUAGUCACUCAAUUAGAAGCUACAGACCCUUGAACGUUUGAUCCAAAAUGGCCAUCCAAUUUGGGACCUGUUUCUGUAAAACAAGUCUUUAUUUUAGUCACUCAAUUAGAAGUAUCUACAGGGUUCGUCUAAGGCAAGGCAGGGAGAAUGGACUCUGUGAAGUAGCAUGGAGCAGUUGUGUAUGCGUGUGGAUGUCAGUGGGUGGUAGGAAUGAGGCGACUUUUAGCUGUGAAACCUCAGGAAUGACUGUUGGUAAAAAAAAUACUAGUUCAUCAUAGUUACCUAGUGAAUGGCCACUUAUGGUAUACAUCUUGGCUUCUGCAAAGGUAACAGGUUUGUUGUUUACGUGUAACAGUUCAGAGUUAUAUAGAUUUUUUACAAAUCAUUAUGAUGAUGUUAAAUUUCACUGUUUAUUAAUAGAGAAAGCAUGUCAAAGUUGGAAUCCAAGCUGCAGUGUGGGGCGGUAACAGACAGUGGUGAGGGAUUUUUACAACUGUCGGCAAAUGCAGCCAGUCUUGAUGACUCAAAUCCUUUUAAAAAACUAAACAUUUUCUAGAAAAUUCUCUUCACCCAGAACAUGUUUACAAUGUAGCACAACCUUCAUAAAGUCCAAUAAUGUUGUCUAAUGUCCGUCUAUCCUCUCUGCAAACCAACAUUUCCAAUGGGACAAUAAAGAUACUCUACAUUAACCUUGAUACUCCAACUUUUACUCGCACAUUUACUCUCAUUAUAAUUUCUCUUCACAUUAUUAACCAAACACUCAUACUAACCUCUCCUCUCUCCACCCCCCUUCCCCAGGCCCCGUGUCCCUCCCUAAGGGCAACUCAUUGGGCCUGCCCUUCCAGAAGGAGUCCCUGCUAGGCAUGGUGUCCAACCCCACCGAGGUGUUCUGCUCGGUGCCCGGACGACUCUCGCUUCUCAGCUCCACCUCCAAGUACAAGGUGACAGUGGCAGAGGUGCAGCGGCGCCUGUCUCCUCCCGAAUGCCUCAACGCCUCCCUGCUGGGGGGAGUCCUGCGUAGGUCAGUAUCCACACAACAUUAAUCCAUUAUGAGAUGGCUAUAAGACAUGUUAAGGGUGUUAAACGUGCUUAUGACAGGUCUUGCAAAGCAUUAUAACAUCAGUCAUAAUGUGCUACACCUGGUAAAGUGUUACCCCGAAGGUUUAAAUAAACAAAUGCAUUAUAACUGCAUCAUAAUGCACUAUAAUGGCAGGUGUUACUGUUUUUUCAUUGGGUGCAAUUGUGAACAAUAGCCAACAUCUAGUCCAUUAAAAUAUGGUUGACAGCAGCUCAAAGGAUCAGUGAUUUUGGUCCAGCUGAUGUGGUGUAUUUAGGAGAUCAUGGAGAGAUGUCCACACAAAACAUGUCUCUGGUAAGUUUGAUAUUGCUGCUGUUCUAUAGCUAGUGAGCUAAUUCAGAUGUACAGUGCAUUGGGAAAGUAUUCAGACCCAUUGACUUUUUCCACAUUUUGUUACGUUGUAGCCUUAUUCUAAAAUGGAUUAAAUUAUUAUUUUUUUCCUCAUCAAUCUACACACAAUACCCCACAAUGACAAAGCAAAAACAGGUUUUUACAAUUGUUUUGGCAAAUGUAUAAAAAAUUAAAAUAGUGAGCUACUUCAGAUGUGUUGAUUCAGGGGGGUGAAUACUUCAUUAAAUGAAAUAUUUAUGUAUUUCAAUAAAUUUGCUAACAUUUCUAAAACAUAUGUUUUCACUUUUGUCAUUAAGGGGCAUUUUGUGUAGAUGGGAGAGAGAAAAAAAAAUACAAUUUUUAUCAAUUUUGAAUUCAGGCUGUAACACAACAAAAUGUGGAAUAAGUCAAGGGGUAUGAAUACUUUGUGAAGGUUCUGGGCUUCAGGGUACUGCUGGAUACUAAGCUAAUGAACGUUUUCGACCUGGUUCAUAGACAGACAGUAGGUCAGUAAAGCAACGUUGAUGGAUACGUAAAAAAAAGGUGUUCUCUAAAAGAAGAUGUUCCUCUUCAGUAAUUGUGUGGUUGAAAGCAUCUUGACUACCUUUUUGUAUACUCUGCAAUUCCUGGUACUUCACUUUGGGGAAAGGUUACAUCAGAUAAGUUAGCACCAGUAUGUAUGUGUGUGUAUGUAUGUGUGUGUAUAUAUAUAUAUAUAUAUAUAUAUAUAUAUAUAUAUAUAUAUAUAUAUGAGAGAGAGAGUGAGUUCAGGGGGGUUGCAGGGCUAUUUUAAUUGCUGCUGAGUAGUUGACCUUGUGCCCCAUAUGUCAGCAGGCAGUCUGUUGAGGGACUAGGGGAUUCUGACCAGGGCUUCUGCCUGUUUCUGCUGAGAAGGCAUGUUUCUCACUUCCCAUGUGCCCCUGCCAGUGCCACAUACGUUAAACGCCUCUAACACACACACGCACACACACACACACACACACACACACACACACUGAGACACUGUUAAGUAGGUCAUGAAGCGAUAGGAUGGAGUGGGGGCUGUGGAGAGAGGGGGGCAGUCACACACAUGCCUCCCCAAAGAUGCCGUCUCUCUCACCCACCACGGAGGGAGCGAAGCCUGCCACUCAGUCAUGCGGAAAACUGAAUCGUGUGUGUGUGUGAUUUCCCUGCUAUGUGCUUAAGGCGGGACAAGCAUCAUUUGUGUCAGUGUGUUAUUUAUUUUAGGUCAGGAAGGGUAUCGGAGGCUCUUUUUCGUUUGAUUUAUUCGUUUUCAAAAUUGAAUGAUGAGGCCUCCUUCAGGGAUGGGCCUUUCACUGCUAUGCUCUCUCAAAGUGACAGGAAGUCUGGAGUUAGGGUGACAGGAAGUCUGGAGUUAGGGUGACAGUAGCCCUUACAACACCACUUAAUGUUGCUGACUCUGCGCUUCAUAAAAAAAACAUUCCAUCACAAAUAGCCUAUAGAAUGGAAUAUGAUAUAUUCUUCAGUUAGAGCAGGGGUGUCAAACUCAUUUUGCCCCAUGGGCCACAUUCGGUCUUCAAAGAGGCCCGGCGGGUUCGCACUGAAAAUGUUCCCCGACUGUCUAGCUUUCAUUUCAGUGAUUAAAAGCGAGCUGGACACAGUCAAGAAACUGUAUGAAUGUAGGUCCAUUAUAAUUUCUAUACAGUUUCGAUUUGGUUUCAGUCCUUUUAAAGUAUAUUGAGUUCGUCCCCCCCCCCUCCAAAUAGGCUAUAUCUAUCUAUCUAUAUAUAAUUUUUUUUUUUUUUUUUUUUUUUACCCCCCCGUGGGCCAUAUUGGACCCCCUUGCGGGGGACGUAUGUUUGACACCCCUGAGUUAGAGGGGACUGUAUGACUGUUAUGAAUUAAGGAAACACAAUUUCUUCACUAUAAAGGAACCCAUUGUGGCCUUGUUUAUAUGAAAGCUUACAUAUUGUCAAGUAACGAUGAUGAUGCUAAUUGUCUUCUUCCUUAUUUUUCCUACAGAGCCAAGUCUAAAAAUGGUGGCCGGUCAUUGAGAGAGAAGCUGGACAAGAUUGGGCUCAACCUGCCCGCUGGAAGGAGAAAAGCUGCUAACGUCACCCUGCUAACUGCACUGGUAGAAGGUACGCCGCUCAAUUUCCUCUUCAAACUUAAACUGUGGUAAAUGUGCCCCAGAGUGGUCUCAACAUAUAACAUUAUAGAAAUACAAUGCAUAGAACUCCUCUCCAUCUUUACUCGUUGAACAAGCUGGCUGGUCCAAAAAAUGGUCUGAAUUGAUUAUUGCACAUAUUAUGCACAGAUAGAUGUGAUCAGAAAUAACUGAUUAAGUUGUCUGAGAUGGUGAUCAGACACCAUUGCUUACACCCAUGGUUGUUUCUUCCACUGGCGAUGGACCAUCUAUCUAUUCAUUAUAGAUUGAGAUCCCUAAGCUACUGUGACAUGAUUACCAUACUGCUAUAAUACUGGCUGUAUAUAGCUUCAAUGGUAACUGUGGCUAGUACUUUUCUUGUCAAAAUGGCUGUGACCUAGCUGAUGUUUGAGUUCUUGCUGGCAUUCCUCUGUCUUUAAAUAUCAAGGCAGCGUUGACGUUAUCCACCCUGACUGUCUUGGUGACAUUUUGAGGUUAUCAAGCAGCUGGCCAGACCUGAAGAGCAGGAGAAACACAGCUUUAUGGAGUCCAGUCUAUUACGGCUGUGACACUAUCUAAUACCACACACAGCUUUAUGGAGUCCAGUCUAUUACGGCUGUGACACUAUCUAAUACCACACACAGCUUUAUGGAGUCCAGUCUAUUACGGCUGUGACACUAUCUAAUACCACACACAGCUUUAUGGAGUCCAGUCUAUUACGGCUGUGACACUAUCUAAUACCACACACAGCUUUAUGGAGUCCAGUCUAUUACGGCUGUGACACUAUCUAAUACCACACACAGCUUUAUGGAGUCCAGUCUAUUACGGCUGUGACACUAUCUAAUACCACACACAGCUUUAUGGAGUCCAGUCUAUUACGGCUGUGACACUAUCUAAUACCACACACAGCUUUAUGGAGUCCAGUCUAUUACGGCUGUGACACUAUCUAAUAUGACACACGCGACCAAAGGACAAAGAAAUGUGUAGCUUGUAACCUUCCUGUCUUACAGAUCACACAAACUCUACAAAGAUGUAAAGGGAAAUCACCACACACAGUAGCCAUCUCCAGGGCUGUAGCCAGGGUGUGAGUUUUAGUGGGGGUGGGGGGGGGUGCAUUUCUAUACAAUUUAAUAACUCUAAAAUGCUAUUUGGAGAACAGCAAAAACAAAUAAAGAUUACCCUAGCCAUUAUCACAUUGAUUGCUGUAGCUUCAUUCACCUCAGUUGAUCUACAAACACAUAGCCUAUUAGCUACACAAUUAGCCGCUACACAUUAACUCAGCACCAGGAUUAAAAACUAUAAUUUAAUACGUACACAGGGAUCUGUUAGCAGAAAAAGUAUUAUAUUAACAAAAGGUAAACAAAUGCUUUACAGAAGGGGAAAAAAUGUUGCAGUUUUACAGCUAAUGUCCUGCAAUUCUACACAUUUUGCUAUGACUUAUGCCAUGCUAAUAUGACACAUACAAAAGUAUGUGGACACCUGCUCGUCGAACAUCUCAUUCCAAAAUCAUGGGCAUUAAUAUGGAAAUGGUUUGUCGAGAUCGGUGUGGAAGAACUUGACUGGCCUGCACAGAGCCCUGACCUAAACCCCAUAGAACACCUUUGGGAUAAAUUGGAACACCAACUGCGAGCCAGGCCUAAUCGCCCAACAUCAGUGCCCGACCUCACUAAUGCUCUUGUGGCUGAAUGGAAGCAAGUCCCCGCAGCAAUGUUCCAACAUCUAGUGGAAAUCCUUCCCAGAAGAGUGGAGGCUGUUAUAGCAGCAAAGGGCCCGUGCACAGGGGCAUUGUCAUGCUGAAACAGGAAAGGGCCUUCCCCAAACUGUUGCCACAAAGUUGGAAGCACAAAAUCGUCUAGAAUGUCAUUGUAUGCUGUAGCGUUAAGAUUUCCCUUCACUGGAACUAAGGGACCUAGCCCGAACCAUGAAAAACAGCCCCAGACCAUUAUUCCUCCUCCAACCAAACUUUACAGUUGGCACUAUGCAUUGGGGCAGGUUGCGUUCUCCUGGAAUCCGCCAAACCCAGAUUUGUCUGUUGGACUGCCAGAUGGUGAAGGGUGAUUCAUCACUCCAGAGAACUCGUUUCCACUGCUCCAGAGUCUAAUGGUGGCGAGCAUUAUACCACUCAAGCUGACGCUUGGCAUUGCGCAUUUUGAUCUUAGGCUUGUUUUCAUUUUCAUGGCUGCUCGGCCAUGAAAAUAAUUUCAUGAAGCUCCCAACGAACAGUUAUUGUGCUGACAUUGCUUCCAGAGGCAGUUUGGAACUCGGUAGUGUGUUGCAACUGAGGACAGACGAUUUUUACGCGCUACGCACUUCAGCACUCGCCGAUCCCGUUCUGUGAACUUGUGUGGCCUACCACUUCGCGGCUGAGCCGUUGUUGCUCCUAGACGUUUCCGCUUCACAAUAACAGCACUUGACUGGGGCAACUCUAGUAGGGCAGAAAUUUGACGAAUUGUUGGAAAGGUGGCAUCCUAUGACAGUGCCAUGUUGAAAGUCACUGAGCUCUUUAUUACGGGCCAUUCUACUGCCAUUGUUUGUCUAUGGAGAUUGCAUGGCGGUGUGCUCAAUUUUAUACACCUGUCAACAGUGGGUGUGGCUGAAAUAGCCGAAUCCACUAAUUUGAAGGGAUGUCCACAUACUUUUGGCCAUGUGUAUCUGAGUAAGAGUGACUAACAAAAUCAAUGGGGGCCCCCUGGAGGUCAGGGCCCCUGGGCACGUGCCCUUCGUGCCCGGUCGGUAAUUCGACCAUGAUUACUACAAGUUUAGAUAGCUGGCUAGAAUAACUAGACUUAUUUACCAAUCUAAAAUGUUUUAACUGACAUGGGCUAAUUGAGUGACUGUCAGUGAGUGACAUAUAACAAGAGGAAAACUGCUGACAGACAACCAAGUUUCUAAAUUGCACCUUGUGAAUUCGACUACUCUAACACUCAACAGUAUUAUUUUUUAAAUUAAAAAUUAAAAAGCAUACUGUGGUCCGAACCUCAGUGUACUCAUAUGUAGCAACGGCCCUGCACAUCUCCUCACUAUUUCAUGAAGAUGUUUCUUGUCUAGAUUCGUUCAUUGUUUUUGAGACAGGAUAGUCACGUCCAUUUAUUAAUGAAUCCCGUCUUUGACGCUCUCAUCAGUCAUACCUCGGCUAGACAAUGUCUAAGCAAUGACACAUAGCUGUGCGCCCAAUAUUAAUUGAAUCACGUCUAACUGCUCAUAGCCACGUGUGAUUUCAGUUUUUCCCUCUAAUCCUUAAUCACUAUAAAUGGGUGCAGGAGGAUGACUCGGGGCCAGUGUUAUUUAGAGACCUUCAAAGUCUGAAUCAAGGCUGGUUAUCACGUGUUCCACUUGCCAGGAGGGCCAACUGACCUUAAAGCCUAGCGUUUCUGAAUUGCUACAUUCCCCAUGUGAUGUGCGUGCCUAUCAAUAAGUGACUCUGUUUGGCGCUACAGGCCGUCCGGGUGCAGUUAGCCACAUUAGCCCAUUAAAGACCACGCAGGAAGUCCCCCUCUGAAGAUGGGAUAUAUUCACCCUCAGUGGCUUGUCUUCCCCCGAGCUAAGAGACUGAGCACAACUGAUUAUUAUUCAUUGCACUGUUCCACUGUCUACAUAUAGUGCCCUGUGGCCUGUGCUAUGUCAGCAAGACCACAUUUGCAUCUACGGUCUCCUAGAAAAGAGUUUUGGUGUAUUGUUUUGCAUCUGUUUGUGUGUUUGUGGAGUUUUCAAACCGUGUCUUUGUCUUUAUAGGAGAAGCCGUUCACUUGGCAAGGGAUUUUGGCUACUCGUGUGAGACAGAGUUUCCGGCAAAGGCCGUCGCUGAAUACCUGUGUCGACCACACGUGGAACGCAAUGAGGUCAACUCCCGCAAGAACAUGCUCCUUGCUGCUAAGUGAGUGUCUCUCUGUCUGUCUGUGUCUCUGUCUCUCUCUGUCCUCCAAAUUAAGGGAUGUAAUUUACAUAAAAGCCCUGCAAGGUUUUGAACAUAUGUGAAGUUUUUGACUUGGUUUUCAACGUUUCAAAAAGCAUUUUUGUAGUUUUCAAUCUGCUCUUGAUUUAUAAAACAUCUUGAUGCCUAUGCUACUUUUAAGACCUCCCAAUUUCAUAAUGUCAACAUGAAACAGUGUACUUCUCUGAUUGGAUCAUUGUCAACUAGACAUAAAUCCAGUAGUCCAUGUCUGGGUCAUGUACAUUUCGCUAUCUUUAUCAACAUUUCUGUCGUCUUUUUUUCACCAGGCAAAUCUGUAAGGAGUUCACCGACCUGUUGACUCAGGACCGGUCGCCUCUGGGGAACACGCGGCCGGCACCCAUCCUGGAUCAGGGCAUCCAGGGCUACCUGACACACUUCAGCCUCAUCACCCACGGCUUCGGCUCACCCGCCAUCUGUGCUGCCAUGACCUCCCUCCAGAACUACCUGAAUGAGGCCCUCAAACAGGUGGACAAAAUGUACCUGAGCUCAGGAAGCGACAUGCAGGGCUCCUCUGACAACGGUAGCAAAGCCUCUGACAAAAUGGAGAAGCACAGGAAAUGAGGAAAUGCUCUCCCCCCCCCCCCCCCAUUCCCCUUUGGACUUCUUUGACAUCGAUAUUUAGAAGCGAAAAUGGUCUGUAUGAUUCUAAUUCUAGAUUUUUUGUGUUUCUGCACAGUUGAAUUGAACAUUUUACCCCGUUAUGGCCAAUGUUUACAAGUUUAGUAUCUCAAAAGACACUGCUUUUGCCCGGCUACCACCAUUGGCUGCUUUCAAUGCGAGAUCGACCUACCUUGGUGCCUACUGUAAAAGUGGGUGCUUAAACUGUGCACAGCCAAAGGGUCUGGACUUUGUUGACAUGGGGUAAGGAACAGAAAGCAGACUUUGUUGUUUCCCUAGAGGACAUCAUUUCAAGAUGGGUCGCUGUGGUUGUGAAUUCUUUUCAGCUUUUUUCCCCUCCUCUUCUGUCUGGAGGCAAAGCCUCUGAUUUCCUGUGUCUCUUCCGCGGUGCUCAGUUCCCAUUGGACUUACCAAAGGACACUUUUUUCUACGGGAGAGAAGAAAAUCCACUUCAUUCGUUUUUUUAUUCGUUGCUUGAAUUUUCAAAACGACUUCAAUGGGUACAGUGUUAUUGUGCUUUUUU